AUGAUCUUACCUGACAAGAUAGACUUAGCUCUUCAAGACGCUGACUGGAUUAAAGCCAUGGAAGACGAGCUGAAUGAGUUCGAAAGGCACAAGGUUUGGACUCUUGUUCCUAGACCAUCAGGAAAGACCAUCACCGGAACACGCUGGGUCUACCGCAACAAGGUUGAUAAAGAUGGUAUUAUUACUCGCAACAAAGCAAGACUUGUUGCUCAGGGGUUCACUCAAAUAGAAUCUAUUGACUACGGGGAGACUUUUGCUCCAGUUGCUCGCAUUGAAGCAAUCAGACUGUUUCUCACAUAUGCCUCAUACAUGAACUUCAUUGUCUACCAGAUGGAUCAACAAAAAUCAGGUAUCUCAAUUUGUCAAAGUAAAUAUAUUGCUGGCAUGCUUGUUAAGUACUCUCUCAGCGACUGCAAACCGACUUCUACUCCGGUGUCCAAGACUGAUAAGUUACACGCUGAUCCCACUGGCACUGAUGUUAAUCACUCUCUUUAUCGAGGAAUGAUUGGAUCUCUUCUCUACCUCACUGCAAGUCGCCCUGAUAUCAUGUUUGGAACCAUUCUAUGUGCUAGAUUCCAAGCUAAUCCCAAGGAGUCUCAUCUCAUUGCAGUUAAACGCAUCUUUCGAUACUUAAAGGGCACUCAGAACUUGGCAUUGUGGUACCCUCUUGACUCAGCACUUGAACUCUUUGGAUAUACUGAUUCCGACUAUGCAGGAUGCAACUUAGACAAGAAGAGCACGUCAGGUGGAUGUCAUUUCCUUGGAAAUCGACUAAUCAGCUGGUCUAGCAAGAAGCAAACCUCAGUAGCUAUCUCCACUGCAGAAGCUAAGUAUGUUGCAGAUGGGAGAUGUUGUGCUCAACUGUUAUGGAUUUAG